UUAUAAAUAUAUAUAAACUUGUUAAAUUGUUGGACUUAAAUCGACUGAAACACCUGUGGCUGUUUAUAAUCUGUAUUUAGACUAUUUUUAGACAGGACGUUUGUGUUUAAAUGCAUUUUCACUUUCAAAGUUAACUCGUUACUGAAGGUACAUGCACAGCAUCUAAAUUAGUUGAACGACUAGUAGCUAAACUAAUUCAAAGAAUCGAAGUCGUAUUCUUUGUAAGUUUAAAUGUAGUCAAAUUAUGUUAUUUUUUUUCUUUGGCCUUUACAUGCUCAGUUUUUGGAAUUUACCUCGCCCUGAAAUAUCUAUAAUCUCAAUAAACUGAAUUUGUGUGGCAUUUCAGGGUUAAAAAACGACAACGAAGUCUUUCGAAGACAUACUAGCUAGCACGCAGGCUUUAAUGAAACUGUUUCCCGUCUAUAAGAUUAACAUCUUCCUACGAAUCAUUCUCCUUCUAGUAUGAAAUCACUGAUUGUUAUCGUUUCAUUUUUAGCUGCCGCAGUUUUCGAGUUUGCAAUGUUUGGUAUCAUGGUUCUUUUCCUUUCAUUCUGCGGAUUCUUCACGUUUAAACACUGUUUCUAUAUGUGGCGAAGAAAAAAACGUAAAAGACACGAUGAUUCUUUAGAAAGCAUACUCGACCUACUGUAUAACGAGGACUAUUAUUACCUGGAAUCCAGUACUCCUUAUCUUCCACCUACCGAAGAUGACUCAAGUAGCGAAAAAACAGGAGAAAGUGUCGACCAGGAAGCAGAUGUGUCCAAAGCUGCAUCAUUUGCAAGUGCUCCUGCACAUGGGCAGAGUGUUAAAUGGGCCGGAACCGAAAAAAUUUCAUUAGAUAAAUAUAAAGUGUGUCCACAGACAUUGAAACCAGAAGCAAGAGACGAUUGCUCUUCAGCUCAACGCAAGCUUAAACGUCAAACAAAGUUCCUAGGCUCUUCCGAAAAUGUUGUUAGCCCAGGGGAGCAUUCAACUAGCCCUGCGUUACCAAGCCGUCAGCUGAGCGUCGAUCAGCAUCCGGAACAACGUCCACACACUCUUAACCUCGGUUCUAACUCGAAGAAAAGUAACAGUCCACCGGCGAGUGUAUCACCUAGCGCCCGACGCAAGGAAACUUCAGUUUCAAUUAGAAAAGUAGUUGCAACGUCAAAAUUCAUCGGGGCUGCACAUCGAGCAAAAAGACAGCUACGAAUGCAAUCCCGUUUUCAACCUGGAACUUUUCAUUUUCGCGAAAAAAGUACCGAAGAAUCGAUCUCCCCAAGCGCAAGUUUUGAAAAACGCAUUUCGCCGAAUGAUGACUUCGAUACGCGUAAAAACAGCAAGAGAAAGGUCAAUUUUUUAGAUCCUGUUGAGUCUGUGACUCCCACGAGGGACCAAACCCGAGGCACUCACGCGAAGGAUGCUCACAAGUGGGAACCUUACACGGGGGGUCACGCCCCAGACAGACACCCGAGACGACACAAGCGGGACACUUACGCGAGGGAACACACGGGAGUUUCUAGCCCACAAGAAUCACACGCUUACCACGGAAGCCGAAUUCACGUUCCUGAUAAACGCGGGCAAAAGAUCGGAUCUCCCCAUUCAGCAUUCAAAUGGUUUCCCAGGCCUCGCACAACCGGAAGUUCAGAUCAUGAUCAUGGUCGUCAUGACGACAGAAGUGGAACUGACGUAGAGGAACUAUGUCAAGAGUAUGAACAAAUGGAAAAGACUCGUUAUGCUGAGAUGUUAAAGAAAGCGAAAUCACUUCGUCGAGAACAUUUGCCAUUCUUAAACCAAAGGAGGAGUUGUAAAUGGAGAAAAAAUCCAGUAAGCAUCGAACUAAUGGAAAUAAAGCCUUUUAAAGAAUUUGGAGAUGAGACUGAUAGCUUUGAAUUGGAUUCUUCUGACGCUGAAUUACACGAAAAUAGAUCGAAAGAGAAACAUUACAAAAGUGCGACCAGGAAAUCGGAAAUUAAACCUCUCCUCGCGCCUGAGACGUUCAGUGAAUUACGAUUCAAAAGUGAUUUGCAAUUGAAGACUAAGGAGUCUGAAUUAUAUAGUUUUCAAAGCAUAAAGAAUACCAAAAAAACUGAACACCAACCAUUUAUGAAAGAAAAGAGAACAUUGAAAGACUGGCAGCAAUUUCGACUAAAAGGUGUCUCUGAACUGAAGGACGCUGAACCAAUGUAUAUCAAAGCAACACAAGACGGAAUGAAACUGGUUGAAACCGAGCAACAUUUGAUCGCAGAUGCGACAGAGCCCUUACUCAAGCACGCAAAUUCAGAAAUAGGUUGUGGAAAGAGAAAGCUAGCAAGAAAAUUUCAACAAACUGUCGGAAAAGUUUUUAAAAUCACUGGAGGAAAACGCAAUGUGACGCGAAAAUUGAAGAACCGCGAAAGUACUAUGUCGCAGAGGAUGGGGUUGACAGACGAGUUUUGUGAUCAGAGAGAGUGUUUAUCAAUUCAUGUUGGCCAAGCUGGAGUCCAAAUUGGAAACGCUUGCUGGGAAUUGUAUUGCCUUGAGCAUGGUAUACAGCCAGAUGGUCAGAUGUCGUCCGAUAAAACUCUGGGCGGCGGUGAUGACUCGUUCAACACUUUCUUCUGUGAAACUGGCGCGGGAAAACACGUUCCACGAGCUGUUUUUGUGGACCUUGAGCCAACAGUUGUCGAUGAGGUUCGUACUGGAACAUAUCGUGAGUUGUUUCAUCCGGAACAACUGAUAACAGGCAAAGAAGAUGCUGCAAACAAUUAUGCCCGGGGUCAUUACACUGUCGGCAAGGAGAUAGUUGAUUUGGUUUUAGACAGAAUUCGUAAGAUGGCUGAUCAAUGCACAGGUUUGCAAGGUUUUCUUAUUUUCCAUUCAUUUGGAGGAGGCACGGGCUCAGGUUUUACCUCUUUGCUGAUGGAACGCUUGUCUGUGGAUUAUGGCAAGAAAUCCAAACUGGAGUUCUCUGUUUAUCCCGCUCCACAGGUUUCAACAGCAGUCGUGGAACCCUACAAUUCCGUGUUAACGACUCACACAACCUUGGAGCAUUCCGAUUGCGCUUUCAUGGUGGACAAUGAAGCCAUUUACGACAUUUGCCGUCGAAACUUGGACAUCGAACGACCUACAUACACUAACCUGAACCGUCUGAUUGGUCAGAUUGUAUCCUCAAUUACCGCGUCGUUGCGAUUUGACGGUGCGCUCAACGUCGACUUGACCGAAUUUCAAACAAAUUUGGUCCCCUACCCUAGAAUUCAUUUCCCGUUGGUGACUUAUGCUCCAGUUAUCUCAGCCGAGAAAGCGUUCCACGAGCAACUUAGCGUCGCCGAAAUAACGAACGCGUGUUUUGAUCCAGCAAAUCAAAUGGUGAAAUGCGACCCGCGGCAUGGCAAAUACAUGGCAUGUUGUAUGCUGUAUCGUGGCGAUGUCGUACCCAAGGAUGUUAACGCUGCCAUAGCAACGAUAAAAACAAAGCGUACUAUACAGUUUGUAGACUGGUGCCCAACUGGCUUCAAGGUCGGAAUAAAUUACCAGCCACCAACAGUCGUUCCUGGUGGAGACCUGGCCAAAGUUCAACGUGCCGUAUGUAUGCUGAGCAAUACUACUGCCAUAGCCGAAGCAUGGGCAAGGUUGGACCAUAAAUUUGAUCUGAUGUACGCCAAGCGAGCCUUUGUUCAUUGGUAUGUGGGUGAGGGAAUGGAGGAAGGAGAGUUUACCGAGGCACGUGAAAAUUUAGCCGCCCUUGAAAAGGACUAUGAAGAAGUCGGCAUGGAUACUAUGGAUGACGAAUUGGGAGGCGAAGAAGGCGAUGAGUAUUAAGAAAGAGUUUCGUCGAGAACUUGUAUGUCUGGCUUAGAGAAAUUUGAGAAAAACUGAAUAAAAUUAAAGAGGAUUUUUGCAAA